AUGUCAGACGAUUGGAAUUCAGUUACUAUUAUUGGUUCAAAAGCCAGAGUUGGAGGCGGUGGCCCAAGAGAACACGUUGCCAAGACACAAUCACAAUUGAACGCUGCAAGAAGACUGGGAUUGGUUGUCGGUACUGAAAAGAAGUAUGGAUCAGCGAAUACGAAAACAAACCCCGAAGGUCAAAGAUUGACUAAACUAGAUGCGACCGACGAUGUAGUUGCUGUAAAGAAGGUUGAUACCAAUGUUGGUAAGGCUAUUCAAAAAGCAAGACAGGAGAAGAAGUUUACGCAAAAGGAUUUGGCCACUAAAGUCAAUGAAAAACCAAAUGUUAUUAACGAUUACGAAGCCGGAAGAGCAAUCCCAAACCAGCAAGUUUUGGGUAAACUAGAAAGAGCAUUGGGUGUCAAGUUGAGAGGAAAGAACAUUGGUGAACCCUUGUUUCCUAAGAAAUCGUAG